AUGAGGUUGGAGGAAGAUGGCAACAUAGACUCGGAAUGCGUUCAGCUGUUGUCAGAGCUAAAGGAGAAGCGAAUUCCAGCCUCACUGGAAGUUGGACGCAUACUAAAGUUUACUAACUUGAGAUGGCAUCAUGAAGGAAUUCAAAACGUUGAACACGAGCAAUAUAUUACAGAAAUGUGUAGUCGAGUCAAAGAGCUCCUUACAUCCCACAUCAACGAAAUCUUGCAAAAACUCGGUCCUCCAAAUCCACUGAUGGAAGAAGUCACGCGUCACGCUCUCUUUUGUCGUGACCACACUCAUUCGUUUCAGGGCCGAGCAGAUAUUUUGCAGGUUAUCCACAAUUACGUGACUGGAACCGAUUCCGUAAUGCCGUUAGUGAUUUACGGUGAAUCUGGAGUUGGCAAGACGUCACUGAUGGCAAAGGUUGUCAUGGAGAUACAGGAAAAGAGCAGGAAUGGAAAUCUCGCUAUAAUGUAUCGGUUCUGUGGAACCACUCCAGAUUCGUCCACGGGUCGAGCACUAACUGAGAGCUUUUGUAAACAACUCAAAGAAGUGUAUGGAAUUACCGACGAGGUUCCCGAAGAUUACAAAAGCUUAUGUGAAGUGUUUCCCUCAUUUAUGGCACACACUGCCAAGGAACGACCGCUGUGUAUAGUGAUUGACUCUCUGGAUCAGUUGACGGACGAGGACGGCGCAAGGCGCUUCUUAGAAUGGCUUCCACGUAAACUACCUGCGCAUGCCUGUAUGAUAGUGUCAACUCUCCCUGAGGAGGGUGGGUGUAUGCAGCGUUUAAAGACAUUUGGGAUCCCAGCUAAACAGUUCUUGCAGGUGACGCGGCUCGACAUGCAUGAUGGACCUGCUAUCCUAGAUGCUUGGCUUGGAUCAGUCAAAAGAAGGCUGACCCUGGAACAGAGAGAGCUUGUUUUAGAGGCUUUUAACCACUGUCCAUUGCCUUUGUACCUGCAUUUGCUCUUUAACAAAUGUCGCUCUUGGCCUUCAUACAAAAAAACCGCUGACAUCACCCUUGCCCCUGACGUCUCCGGAAUGAUACACUCUCUGUACCAGGACCUUGAAAAGUACCACGGUGAAAAGUUUGUGGGAAGAGUGUUGGGCCUAUUGGCCGCUGGGACUGAUGGGAUGAAUUCAGACGAUAUCCUUCAUCUUUUGAGCUGUGAUGAGGAACUCUUACAGGAUGUGCUUGUCUGGCAUCAGCCACCAAAACGCCGCUUGCCGCCACUUCUACUGGCUCGUCUAAAGCACGAUCUCGGUCUCUUCUUAGUGGAGAGGGGUGCGCACGGGGUUUCACUACUGGCGCUCUAUCACAGGCAAUUCUUCGAAGUUGCCAAAGAAAGGUAUCUCAAAGGUGAUCGUCACAGAGAAACUCACAGCAAGAUUGCUAAAUACUUCUUCGGAGAGUAUCACGAAAAAUAUGGCAGCGAACGCGCCAUUUCUGCGCAGCCCCACGCCUACUCCUCGGUCGCUCUCAACCUUAGGAAACUGGACCGACUUCCCGUGGCACUUUACGAGGCGCGCGACUUUGACGGAUUGCGAAGUACUCUGGGAGAUUUAAGGUUUGUCCAGGCGAAGUGCAUGGCGGGAAUGGGAUAUGACCUUCUCGCGGAGGCCACUAAGGCAGUCGGUUGUGCUGUUAGCGAAGACGCUGAUCGUGAGGUGAUUAAAGAUCUUCAAGAUAUUUUGGGAUUCUUACGCAGUGAGAUACAUAUCUUGAGCCGUUUUCCUGCCCUCACAUACCAGCAGGCAGCCAUGUACCCUCAACACGGGUGGAUCGCAAAACAAGCAGAGCAAAUGCGUCAGAAAUUUGAUCAACCCAACCCGAACAAUAUCUCUGCCCCAGAGGGGUGGGUGGAAUGGAUAAACAAACCUCAGGUCCCCGAAGCCUUCGAGCUCGAACUCAGUGGACACUCCAAGAGCGUUCUCUCCACAUGUUUCGCGAGAGAUAACAGGACCUUGUUGUCUGGAUCAGCUGAUGGGACCAUCCGAGUUUGGAACAGUCAAACCGGGGAGCUGCAUGCCCAACUUGAAGACCAUCAGGGAGCUGUCACGUGUGUACGGCUCUCACCUGAUGGUUCAAUGAUGGCAUCUGCCUCAGCAGACAAAACCAUUCGGCUCUGGAAAUUUCCAGGCAAUGAAACUAUAAGGAUCCUUGAGGGACAUGAAGAACGAGUAACAUGCAUUGCCUUCUCCAAAGAUGGGCAAAGAUUGCUUUCGUCUUCUAAAGACAAGACCCUCAAACUUUGGGACCUAAGCGGCGAUACGAACCUGGCGACACUUCCUGGACACAGAAGUUCCCCUCUAUCGUGUGCCUGGUCCCCCGUAGAUGAUUCGGUUGCUGCCUCGUGCGGGGACAAUCUGGAACUCUUCAUAUGGGACCUUAACAAGAGCUCCAUCAGACUUACCUUGGAGGGACAUCAGCGAGACGAUAACCCAAAUUUCCCUGUUAAAGACAGUUUGGAAGGCCUAAAGGAUCUGGACUACAAAUCCCUCAUUUGGUCAGUAUGCUUUACUCCCGAUGGAAAGUACCUUGCUUCCGCGUGUGUUGACAGUGACGUCAUUUUGUGGGACGUUAACAGUGGUGCGAAGAUUUGGACGUUUAAUCUCCCGAACGACGCCUCUACGGUGGCCUUUGCUCAAACCCAAUACGGAACGCGAUUGGCUGCCGGCUCCUCAGCCCAUCACACCGUUACUCUCUUUGACGCAAACUUUGAUGACGUCAGUGGUAAACAAGUCAAUGGUAGUUUCAGGACCCUUGCCUUGCUCGGCGGUCACUCGAACUGGGUGAUUGAUGUGGCCUUUAAUGAAGACGCGAGUCGACUGGCGUCCGCAACCUGUGACAAAUCCUUGCGCGUUUGGGACGCCACUGCAUCAGGUCUCGCUUUAGCAGUUGCUACUGGCUUAAUCAAACGACACAGAUAGAAUGAUACAUCCAAUAAUACAUACAUGUGACUUGAGACAGUAAUUGUUUUUCUUCAAAGUCGGAUAUGAGUACUGACAAGAAAAUUAUGCAGGGAAAGAAUCAGAUUGCAAGAUUCAGGAUACUACAAACCGAGGCAGGUGAACAUGUUAUGUGUAUAUCAUUUUAUACUGCUAGGUAAUGCUAAAUACAUUUCGAAUUGAAGUAUUAAAUGCCGAUAUGCUGAUGAUACUUCUGGUCACGCACUCGGUAGCUGCUGGCGUGAUUUUGUGUCUUUUGUGAACUACUUUGAAUAAUUUUUUGACGAGUGCCUAAUCAUUU